AUGGAUCCUUUAUUCACUUCCAGACUCCAUUUAGACCAGAUAACUUGCUUGUCUUGCAGUGGAGAGUAUUUUGCGACAGGAAGCAAAGACAUGACAAUAAGAAUUUGGAAAACAAUUUUCUCUUCGAAGACUCCUGUUUUAGAUGGUUCCUUCACUCUCCACACAUCAGAAAUUGCUGCAAUUGACUGCAAUGUCAAAGCUGAUUUGUGCGUUUCUGUUGGAAUUGAUGGGAAGAUCAUCGCAUUGCAGUUGUCGAAUUCACAAUUCACUCGAAGUAAUAAAAUAGAAACAAUUGCAAGGCCUUCUUUCGUUUCAGUUGUUGACAAUGGAUUUUUUGCAAUGCUGACAAAUGUUGCUGGACAAUGUUUAUUUAAUGUUUUUGAUGAAAAUCUUUGA